AUGGCUGUUACAACUCAGUCGACGGCGAAAACGACGACGGUCUCGGCCACACGCCCCAAAGGCACGCCGUACCAGUUGGACCCUGACCAGACCCUCAAAGCCUCCCGAGCCCUUCUACAACACGUACAAGCCGAGACCAAGCGCAUACAGGAAGCGUCAUCCAAGACAAGCCUUCUCGCUGCGGAAACAUCUGACCCCGAUGACGACGUAGCCGGCGAUGGAGAGGCUCCCAUAUGGCUUACCUUGACCACGAAGCAGCAUAUUGUCGACCAGACUCGGUUAAAGCCGAGCAAGAUAUCAGUCCCACACUCGCUUAACACAUCUCCCGACUUGCGGAUAUGUUUGAUUACCACAGAUCCUCAGCGCGCGGUGAAAAAUGUGGUCGCUGACCCUGCAUUCCCGGCGCCUCUCAAAUCCCGUAUCACCCGAGUCAUUGGGUUCUCGAAAUUGAAGUCCAGAUACAAGACGUUUGAGCAGAGAAGGCAGUUGCUGGCGGAACAUGACAUCUUCCUCGCUGAUGACCGCAUUAUCACUCGGUUACCUGCCGUCAUGGGCAAGGUGUUCUAUAAAGGAACUGCCAAGCGGCCCAUACCCAUAUCAAUCGCAAAGCCUCAAAAAGGCAAGAAAGAGACAUCACAAAAAUCCACCAAAACCGAAGGAUCUGCUCCGCCCACCUCUCCAGCUGCGUUGGCAAAGGAGAUUGAGAAAGCCAUCGACGCUGUUCCGGUUAGCCUUAGACCAGGGACGUUGGUAGCCGUGCGCGUCGGCCUCGUUUCUUUCCAACCUGAACAGCUAGCGGACAACAUCGCUGCAGUCGUGCAAAAUGUGAUUGACAAGCACGUUGUCAAGGGGUGGAGAAACGUCAGAGGGAUUCAUAUCAAGGGCCAAUCUUCCGUGGCUGUACCAAUCUGGCUAGCUGAUGAGCUCUGGACUGAGACUGAUGAUAUUGCCGUUAACAAUGCUGACAACGACGGAGUUGAUGAUGAUCAGGGGCAGAAGCGAAAGAGAAAUCCUGAAAGCACAAAGGGUCCUCAGGUCGGUUCCCGCAAGAAGACGAAAGUUGGAGAAGGAAAGGAUGAUAAGGCGGCGGUAGAGCGUGGGCUCGUGGAAGCCAGAAAAAGCAAACUUGCAGCCCAGAAAGCCCGUAUUUUUGGAGAGGAAGUGUAA